GCGCGCAGGAGGAGGAGGAGCUGUCAAAGUUUACAGCCGAGUUUCCUCAAGAAUACGCGAAGACGAGACCUCUGAACGCUUACAAAGCCUGGAACGAAGAGCCCUUCAAAGUAUGGAGUGAAGCCCGAGAGCUUACAAACGCAAAUAAUGGCAGGACCAACUGAAAUCGGAUUGUUUUUUACCUUAUUGCUCUCCGGGAGCUUCUGCGCGACGCCGGAAAAGAAAGAAUGCAUUGUUCAUUUUUAUGUCUUAGAAAUACUGAAGGGUGGAGUAAAAUUUACCAAGAACAUUCAUUUAUGUAACGUGGAGACCAUCAAGUGGACCGACAUCCUGAACAUGAAGAGCCAGCCUACAAUAGAGGAUGAUUGGAUGAAUCUUAAAAGAAACUGUAACGAAAAGUGCGAUCCAAGCUGUUUCAAUGGUUCCUGCUGGGGCACCGGACCCGACAAGUGCCAAAGAAUGACGAAGGUGAUCUGUGCGGAGCAGUGUUCGGGGAGGUGUAAAGGACCCAAACCCAUUGACUGCUGUAAUGAACACUGUGCUGCUGGAUGCACUGGACCCAAACCUACAGACUGCCUGGCCUGUAAGGACUUCCAGGAUGAAGGGACAUGUAAGGACGCGUGCCCGCGGCUCAUGCUCUACGACCCAAACACACACCAGCUCGCUCCAAACCCGGACGGGAAGUACAGCUUUGGGGCGACGUGCAUCAAGAUAUGCCCACACAACUACGUGGUGACGGAUCACGGGGCCUGUGUGAGAACAUGCAGCCCUGGCACCUAUGAAGUGGAUGAGGGUGGAGUUCGCAAAUGUAAGAGGUGUGAAGGCCUGUGUCCAAAAGUGUGCAAUGGGUUGGGAAUGGGGCCUUUAGCUAACGUCCUGUCAAUCAAUGCCAGCAACAUCGACUCCUUUGAGAACUGCACUAAAAUCAGCGGUGGUGUCGCCAUCCUUAGCACCACAUUCAGCGGUGACCCACAUACUUCCACUCCUGGACUGGAUCCAGCAAAGCUCAGCGUGUUCAGCACUGUCAAAGAAAUCACUGGUUACCUGAUGAUUCAGCAGUGGCCCAAAAGCAUGCAGUCCCUUAGUGCCUUCGAAAACCUUGAGGUCAUCCGAGGACGGACAAAAGUGCAAGGAGCGUUCAGCUUUGCUGUCACCCAGACGGCCAUCACUCAUUUAGGCAUGCGUUCUCUGAGGGAGAUCAGUGACGGGGACGUGUCCAUCUAUAAGAAUAAGAAUCUCUGCUACAGCAGCCCUGAACACUGGAAAGAUCUCUUCAAAUCCAAACAGCAGACUGUCAAAAUGUCCGAAAAUCUGGAUGCUGCCACCUGCGCCAAUCAGAACAGCACAUGUGAUGAGAUGUGCACGGCUGACGGCUGCUGGGGUCCUGGACCCACCAUGUGCUUCGGCUGUGAGCAUUACAGUCGCGGAAAACACUGCGUGGCUUCCUGCAACCUGCUGAAUGGUGAGCCGCGUGAAUAUGAGGUCAAUAAAACAUGCAUGGAAUGCGAUCCUGAAUGUCUGCUCAUGAACGAAACCCAGACCUGCAACGGGCCUGGACCCGACAAAUGUACAGUGUGUGCAAACUAUAAAGACGGACCGCACUGUGUGCAUCGCUGCCCGCAAGGCGUACCAGGAGAGAAAGACACACUCAUCUGGAAAUACGCUGACGUGACACACGUUUGCCAGCCCUGUCAUGAAAACUGCACCCAGGGAUGUACAGGGCCUGAUCUGAAAGACUGCAAAGAUUUCAAAAGCUCUGGUUUGCCGAUGAUCGCUGCUGGAGUUGUCGGAGGUCUACUGGCGUUUGUUAUACUGGCUCUGGGAGUGGCCGUUCUUCUGCGCAGACGCCACAUUAGGAGGAAGAGGACUCUGAGACGACUCCUGCAAGAGAGAGAGCUCGUGGAGCCCCUGACCCCCAGCGGCGAAGCCCCCAAUCAGGCCUUACUGCGCAUCCUCAAAGAGACCGAGUUCAAGAAGAUCAAAGUGCUGGGCUCCGGGGCUUUCGGGACCGUGUACAAGGGCCUUUGGGUUCCAGAAGGAGAGAGUGUGAAGAUCCCCGUCGCCAUCAAGGUCUUACGAGAAGCCACGUCUCCCAAAGCUAACAAGGAGAUAAUGGAUGAGGCGUACGUGAUGGCCAGUGUUGAGCAUCCUCACGUGUGUCGUCUGCUGGGCAUCUGCUUGACCUCCACAGUGCAGCUCAUUACUCAGCUGAUGCCCUACGGCUGCUUGCUGGACUACGUCAGAGAAAACAAGGACCGCAUCGGCUCCCAGCACCUGCUCAACUGGUGCGUGCAGAUCGCUAAAGGUAUGAAUUAUCUAGAAGAGCGCCAUCUUGUGCACCGAGACCUGGCAGCACGUAACGUGUUGGUAAAGACGCCUCAGCAUGUCAAGAUCACCGAUUUCGGCCUCGCCAAGCUGUUAAACGCCGACGAGAAGGAGUAUCACGCAGAUGGAGGAAAGGUUCCGAUUAAAUGGAUGGCGCUGGAGUCCAUUCAGCACAGGACUUACACACACCAGAGUGAUGUCUGGAGCUAUGGUGUCACCGUGUGGGAGUUGAUGACAUUUGGGACAAAGCCUUAUGAUGGGAUUCCUGCAAGUGAAAUUGCCGGAGUUCUGGAGAAAGGGGAAAGACUUCCUCAGCCUCCCAUCUGCACCAUUGAUGUGUACAUGAUCAUGGUCAAAUGUUGGAUGAUUGAUGCUGAGAGUAGACCCCGCUUCAGGGAGCUCAUCGCAGAGUUCACUAAAAUGGCUCGUGACCCGUCCCGAUAUCUGGUCAUUCAGGGUGACGACCGCAUGCAUUUACCCAGUCCUUCUGACUCCAAGUUCUACCGCAGCCUGAUGAGCGGCGAGCUGGACGAGGCCGUGGAUGCAGACGAGUAUUUAGUGCCCAAUCACAGCUUCUUCAGCAGCCCGAGCACGUCCCGCACACAACUGCUGCACUCCGUGAGCCUGAACAGCAGCUUUGGAAACUGCAAUAGUAGAAACGGGAAUGGCUAUCCAGUAAGGGAGAACAGCAUGGUCCUGCGCUACAUCCCGGACCCCACAGAGCGCUUUCAGGAGGGAGACUUUCAGCCUGCGCCGGGCUAUAACGAAUAUAUGAACCAGAAUGAGUCCAGCAUGAGCAACCCGGUGUACCAGCAGCCCCACGGACCCCUGCGGACCCUCCUGCACUCCUCACCUGCGCUGGACGAGACGGAGGAGGAGUAUCUGAACUGCUUCAAGAGCCCGGCUCCGGCUUCAGUGGUGGAGUAUCUGAACACAUCCCACACACAGCUGCUCUCCACAAAGCCCUUCUUCAGCAUGGACAACCCCGACUACCAGCAGGACUUCUGCCCGCUGGAGCUCAAAACACACACCAACGGGCACCUGCCGGCCGCACAGAACCAGGAGUACAUGGGCCUGGAGGUGCACUAGCAGAUCACUUUUAAAUUAGAGGCUUUAAUAAAGCCGAGAGAUGCAAGGACCUCUGUUUAUAGGCCUUUCUGAACCCAGAUCUGCCGGUUGGAUUGAACAAUUUGAGACUAUUGAUGACUACAGGACAUGUGUAGACUACAGUGAUGCCAGUAGAGACACAUUGGAGUGCUGAAAGACCUUUUUAGGACUUCUGGUUUCAUUCGCUUAUGAUUUUAAUCAGCAAUUUACACCAGUGUAUGUUGCUAGGUGGUGUGUGUAAUCAUUAUCCGUAAUUCAUUCAGAGCCGCUGAAAAGUGUUCGGACACUUCAGUUGAAUGGGAGAAAUGUGUGAAUUUCAUUUAAAAUAUAUAUAAAUUAAGUCAGAUGGACAAUGUUUGAGCACCGAAUUGCGUUAAAAGAUCAUUUGGUCAAUUUGAAAAGCAUGCACUGUUGUUUAAUAUGAUUUUUUUUAUUAUUAUUUUGAUCAAUUUAUAUUUUAUCUGAACAAGAGCACAUUACGUUGAACAAAACCAACAGUUAAACUGACUCUAUUACAAAUAAUUCAAAAUAAAACUUAAUUGGAUCAUUGGGAAGAUUUUACAUCACUUUAUUUAAAUCACAUUGAUCAAUAAUGGCAAUCAAAUGUCACAUUUGCAGAAGUAAAGGUACAUUUUAAAAUAUAUUAAAUAGACAAUUUUUAAAGACCACUGAAAAUAUUCUCAGUUCUUCUGGACUAAAUUCAUUACACCGUAAAACGCCAUUUGUUGGCUUUUCUUUAAAAAUUAAGCCAAUUAGUUAACUUUACAUUUAAAAGUGCGUAAAUCUGUCCGUUUUUAAAGCGAUUAGUUGACUUUAAAAAAUGACUAAACCUGUCACUAUAAAAAGUGACUUGUAAACUUUAUUUUAAAGGUUAAAGGGAUUAGUUGUCUUUACUUUAAAAAGUUAAUGUGAUUAGCUGACUAAAAUUUGAGCGAUUAGCUGGCUUUACUUUUAAAAAAAACCUGUGUGAACCUGUCACUUUUAAAUGAGAAUACUUGACUUCAAAAAAGUUCAAGCGAAUUGUUGACUUUACUUUAAAAAGUGAGUAAAUCUGACUUUGCUUAAAGUCUAUGGUGAUUAGUUGACUUUAAAAAAUGACUAAACCUGUCACUUUAAAAAGUGACUUGUAAACUUUACUUUAAAGGUUAAAGGGAUUAGUUGUCUUUACUUUAAAAGGUUAAUGUAAUUAGCUGACUAAAAUUUGAGCGAUUAGUUGGCUUUACUUUAAAAAAAAACCUGUGAACCUGUCACUUUAAAAUGAGAAUACUUGACUUUACUUAAAAAAAGUUCAAGCGAAUUGUUGACUUUACUUUAAAAAGUGAGUAAAUCUGACUUUGCUUAAAAAGUCUAUGGUGAUUAGUUGACUUUACUUAAAGUUAACAUAAUUAGUUUAAAAUGUAAGCGAUUAGUUGGCUUUACUUAAAUCUUUUUGUAAACGUUUCACUUUUAAAUGAGAUUAGUCGACUUUAUUUUGAAAAGUGAGUAAGCCUGUCACUUUUAGAAACGAUUAGUUCACUUAAAGUUAUUGUGAUUAGUUUACUUUAAAAUUUAAGUGAUUAGUUGGCUUUACUUAAAUCUUUUUGUAAACGUUUCACUUUUAAAUGAGAUUAGUUGACUUUGUUUUGAAAAGUGAGUAAGCCUGUCACUUUUAGAAACGAUUAGUUGACUUUACUUAAAGUUAUUGUAAUUGGUUUACUUUAAAAUGUAAGCAAUUUGUUGGCUUUACUUAAAAAAAAACUGUGAACCUGUCACUUUUAAAUGAGAUUAGUUGACUUUAAAAAAAAAGUUGAAGUGAUUAGCUGACUUUCCUUUAAAAGGUGAGUAAAUCUGGCACUUUUAGAAAUGAUUAGUUAACUUUGCUUGAAAACCUAUGGUGAUUAGUUGACUUCACUUAAAGUUAUUGUAAUUAGUUUACUUUAAAAUGUAAGUGAUUAGUUGGCUUUACUUAAAUCUGUUUGUAAAUGUUUCACUUUUCAAAUGAAUUAGUUGACUUUACUUUAAAAAGUGAGUAAACCUGUCACUUUUAGAAACGAUUAGUUGACUUUACUUAAAGUUAUUGUAAUUGGUUUACUUUAAAAUGUAAGCAAUUUGUUGGCUUUACUUAAAAAAAAACUGUGAACCUGUCACUUUUAAAUGAGAUUAGUUGACUUUAAAAAAAAAGUUGAAGUGAUUAGCUGACUUUCCUUUAAAAGGUGAGUAAAUCUGGCACUUUUAGAAAUGAUUAGUUGACUUUGCUUGAAAACCUAUGGUGAUUAGUUGACUUCACUUAAAGUUAUUGUAAUUAGUUUACUUUAAAAUGUAAGUGAUUAGUUGGCUUUACUUAAAUCUGUUUGUAAAUGUUUCACUUUUCAAAUGAAUUAGUUGACUUUACUUUAAAAAGUGAGUAAACCUGUCACUUUUAGAAACGAUUAAUUGACUUUACUUAAAGUUGUCGCAAUUAGUUUACUUUAAAAUUUAAGUCUAUGUCACUUUAAAGUGACAAAAAAUUGAUUAGUUGACUUUAAAGUGAGUAAACCUGUCGCUUUUAGAAACAAUUAGUUGACUUUGCUUGAAAAGUCUAUGGUGAUUAGUUGACUUUACUAUAAAAAGAUGAAGCAAUUAUUUGACUUUACAUUAUAAAGUAAGCCAGUCACUUUUAAAAGUGAUUAGUUGACUUUGCGUUAAACGGUUAAAGCAGUUAGUUGACUUUACCUAAAAGAAGUUACAGCAGUUAGUUGAAUUUACUGUGGAUGAUUAUUACAAUUAAGUAAUGUCAACUUAACAGUUCUAAGUUACAACAGGUUUACUUAGCAAAGUAACUAAUCGCUUUUUUACACUAAGUAUGUGUUUGAGUAAAAUGUUUAUAUUUGUUUUAUUCGGUAAAGCUCUGGUAAUAUUUCUUCCAAAUAUCAAAUAGAAAUAUUGUAAUUUUUCAGAAAAUAAUAUCAUUGAAAGGGCGACACAGUGGCGCAGUAGGUAGUGCUGUCGCCUCACAGGUGAAUUGGGUAAGCUAAAUUGUCCGUUGUGUAUGUGUGAAUGAGUGUGUGUGGAUGCAACCCAGAGAUGGGUUGCGGCUGAAUGUGCUGGAUAAGUUGGCGGUUCAUUCCGCUGUGGCGACCCCAGAUUAAUAAAGGGACUGAGCCGAAAAGAGAAUGAAUGAAUAUCAUUGAAAAUAUUAAUCUUUUGGAGUUAAAACAUUGGUAUUAUGUUGUUAAUAUUUAUAUUGCAGUUUUUGUUAUUUAAUGCAGAAAUUUGCUCUAAAUGGCGACAUUUUUUAACUUAAAUAGAGAAUAAAAUAAAACAUCAUGUUUUACUCAAAACACCAAAAAAACUUAUGAAAAUCCAGAGAAACUGAGAAAUUUCAAGUGUUUUUUAAAAUAUUUUUUAGUAAUAGUUAUUUUAGUAAUAUAAUAAUAAUAAUAAUAUACAUAUUAAUGACUAAAUUGGAACAUUAGUGUAUCAACAUUUUUAAAAAUGCUAGGUUAUUGAACCCAAUGCUGGAUAAAAUACGGACAAAACCAACCACUGGGUUGUUUAUGUAUAUAUAAAUAUAUGAUUUUCUUGUCAAUAAUAUAUUAUAUAGGACCACAUUUAACCCAUCAUUUGGUCUUGUCUAUAUUUUAGUUAAUAAGCCAGCAUUUUUAGACUUACAUAUUUUCAAAAUUUUAUCAACUUCAACUUAGCGAUAUGUUUGUGUAAAUAAAACUCCCCUUAUUUUGAUAUAAUCUAGUAUGAAUUUAUUUAAAGACAUGUACACAUUUUAGUGCACAUUUAGCAGUAGCUCAAGUGUCUGAACAGAUCUGACGGCUCCUCUAGGCUAUGUAAGCUGAACUCAGAGGCUGUUUGAUGCCUCUCUGCAGUGAAUGAACAUUUAACUCCACAUUGAAAUGUUUUGUUUUUGCCAUACAGUUCUAUGUUCUGUUUUUUGCUGGAAAUGGUGGUCGUGUGGACGGAGCUGCGACGACUGGUACAUGUACAGAACUGUAAUGUAUGUCUGACCGUUUGCAUUAUCAUAUACAGUAAGAGUAUUUUAUCCGUUGUCAUAAACAGCACAUAUUGGGGUCACACUCGUAUAUAUUCCAUUCCUGUUCGUUCGUCACCCUUUAAUUCAGUUCCUGCUUGACUUUUGUAUUAUGAAUGAAAUGAAUCUCACGACGGAACAAACAUAUCAUGAUCUCUACAUGAUGCUAAAGUUGCACAAAUCUAAGUAAUGUUGCUUUCUUCAUUCCUUUUCAAAGCCCUUUCUCUUUUUUCCUCUCGACUUUUGUUAUAUAAGAAGUUAAUUCAAUAAAGACUUCUCGCUUUUUUUAAA